AAAAACAACUGUUAAUUCAGUUGAUAUUUUUUGUGUGAGCCGGCAUCGUUCCGUGCAUGUUUCUUUUAGGAAAUUUGUGUUAAAUGCUCUUAGAUGUCGCUAAUUACGAAUUUGCUAGUGUCGUUUUUAGUAUGGAGCACAUAUCUAUCGUACGCAAAAUGCGAUGUACCAUGCGCUGCCCGAGACGUGGGCAUCGAGGGUCGCUCCAUAGUAUGCGUAUGUAACGCCACCUACUGCGACACCAUCAGUAGGGAAAUUCCCGAAAGGGGAAAGUACGUCGUCUACACAAGCACUUUUGCUGGUGAUCGCUUCAAAAAAAGUUAUGGUGAAAUUGAAACAAACGUGAACGCUCGUGAAGAUGAGAACGACGAAGAUGUCGAUGAAGACGAAAACGGCAAUUACGAAGGUGGUGAAGAUGGGGAAACUGAACAACCAGUAUCCAUUUUGAACCGGGGUGCAAUUAGGCUGUAUGCCAAUCGAAGAUUCCAAGUGAUUGAGGGUUUCGGAGGAUCAGUGACUGACGCCGCUUCGAUCAACUGGCGUAAACUCUCCGAUGGCGCCCAAAUUAACUUCAUCAACACAUACUUUGGUAAAGAUGGAAUAGAAUACAACCUGAUAAGAGUUCCCAUUGGAGGAUCAGACUUCUCUGAGUACCCGUACACUUACAACGAGGGGCCAUGGCAAGACGGAAAUCUUUCCAACUAUUCAAUAGUAUCGGAGGAUAUUUUUUUCAAGUUACCAAUGAUCAAGCGCGCCCUGAGAGCCGCAACAAGUGAGAUAAAGAUCACAGCUAGCACCUGGUCACCGCCAGUUUGGAUGAAAACAAACGAAAGGAUCACAGGCUAUGGACAACUUAAGCCAGAAUUUUACCAGGCCUACGCGGAUUAUCACUUAUUAUUCCUGGAAGAAUACUCAAAGGCCGAGGUACCUAUUUGGGCCAUCACUACUACUAACGAGCCCAUAAAUGGUGUAGCUGGUGCACCUUUUGUAAGGUUCAACUCUCUGGGAUGGUUCCCAAGCCAGUUGGCCCGCUGGGUAUAUAAUAAUCUUGGACCUACCAUACGCCAGUCCCGAUUUAAUGCCACAAAAAUCCUGGCCAUUGAUGAUCAAAGAUACAUGUUACCUGUUUAUAUUUACGGGAUGGAGCAAGAAGAACCAAAGGCUUUUGAUUACAUAGACGGCUUCGCUAUACAUUAUUACGGGAACUUUGCACCAGCAUCCAUUCUCACUGCUAUCCAAAAUAGCUACCCGGACAAAAUUCUGCUGUCUACGGAAGCUUGUGAAGGUCCGAUGCCCUGGGAUAAUGAGAAAGUCGAAAUCGGAUCGUGGCAACGAGCGCAUAACUACGUGACGUCUAUAUUGCAGGACCUCAACAACUACGUAGUGGGCUGGAUAGACUGGAACCUCUGCCUUAGCCCGACUGGCGGACCCAACUGGGCCGACAACUUCGUGGAUGCCCCAAUCCUGGUCUACGAAGAUUCGGACGAGUUCAUAAAGCAGCCCAUGUACUACGGAAUGGGUCACUUCUCUAAGUUCAUACCGAGAGGGUCGAGGCGCAUACGGUCUGCGCAGAGAAGCUUGCUCCGUGUUGAUAAUCUGGCGGUUAUCACCCCGCAAGGCACUGUGGUGGUGGUGCUACAGAAUAAGAGGGAGAGAGCUAUUGAUUUACGCAUUCAAAUUGAUUGGAGAAGAUUAAUCAGCAUCACUUUAGAACCACAAUCUAUCAAGACUAUUGAAAUUGGAGUGUAAGAGUAAAUCUUAAUAAAAAUAAUUGGAACUAG